AUUGCCCUCCGAAGGGCCCUUCGGGAAGGGGACACCAUACAAAAGGUGUCAUUGCUCCUUCUCCCAAGUAAAUUUUAAAUGGACAGAUUAAGAGAUACAAUUGAGAUUUCCCCUCUAGAGUUUACACCCCAAGAGGUUUACUCUUCAUAGGGAGUAGGGCACAGGGGUGAUCACUUCGGAAUGGUACGCAGUGUCAGUCUGUGGCUUUGAAUAGUACCGGAAGUGCGGAGCUGUGUGUGUGUGUGGAAGAGAAAAUGACGCGUUCAGUGCUCUGAGUCGUUAUAUCAGACCUUUACGCUUUUAUAAAUGCUUGACGCUCGCGCGUGUGUGUUGAGAGACGCGUUCACACAUCAGGAGCAGAUCAGCUGUUACUGCUCAGCAUCACAGACAGUGAAUAAAGAUGAGCCACAAGCACAGUGAAUAAACAGUGUGACGGGAAUCUAUCAGUGCCAUCAUGAAUUUGGUCCGUCUUGUGUGUCGUCAUAAGACAGCCCUGGCACUUAUUUUCCUCUUCCUGUUUGGCGUCGUGCUCCUUUUCCUCGCCAAAUGUACAUCUGAGACACUCAAACCGGCCGAAUCCCCCGGGAUGGCACCACGGGCCGAAUCACGACAGAAGCACAUAGAAAUUUCUCCUCGUGCCAAGGAGCUCUCAGCUUUUCUAGUUGUUCUCAUCACCACGGGCCCAAAGUACACAGAGCGUCGCAGUAUUAUCCGAAGCACCUGGCUGACUAAACAUGACCCUGAUGUUCUCUACUGGUUCGUCAUCGGCACCGAGGGUCUACCGGCUGAGGACCUGAAGAACCUCGGAACCGAGCAGGUCCGUCACCAUGACCUCCUCCUGCUCCCUGACCUCCGGGACUCGUACGAGAACCUCACGCAGAAGCUGCUUCACAUGUACUCCUGGUUGGACCGAAACGUGGACUUUAAAUUUGUCCUGAAGGCUGAUGAUGAUACUUUUGCACGCUUGGAUCUUCUCAAAGAGGAAUUGAAGACUAAAGAGCCCACCCGUCUUUACUGGGGUUUCUUUUCUGGUCGUGGAAGAGUGAAAGCAGCCGGGAAGUGGAAGGAAAGCGAUUGGGAACUGUGCGAUUACUACUUACCCUACGCUUUGGGUGGGGGUUAUGUGCUUUCUUCUGAUCUUGUGCACUACGUAGGACUUAACGUGGGGUUUCUGAAGACGUGGCAGAGCGAGGACGUGUCAUUGGGGGCGUGGCUUGCCCCCGUGGACGUGAAACGGCUUCACGACCCACGCUUCGACACUGAGUAUAAGUCGCGCGGAUGCAGCAAUAAGUAUCUGGUCACUCACAAGCAGAGUUUAGAGGACAUGUUGGAGAAACAUCAGAUGCUGCAGAGGGACGGGCGUCUGUGCAAGGAAGAAGUCAAACUGAGGCUCUCUUACAUUUACGACUGGAGUGUCCCACCUUCUCAGUGUUGCCAGCGCAAAGAUGGCAUCCCAUGACCGCCUCCAUCUCGUGCAUUUUCAGUCGCUAUUUAUUUAUUUAUUAUCAAUGUUGUGUUUGUUGACCUGCGAUAUUUGAACCUUUUAAAAGGCUGUUUUAACUUGGAUACAAUGUUGCAGAAUGGUACAGAAAAGCUGCUUUUUAUGGCUGCCUAAAGAGUCAGUUUAUUGUUGUACAGAAAGUAAGAUUCUAGGGAAAGUGGUCUUCGUGAUUACAAUUUUUUCACAAAAUUUUUCUUUUGUGUCCAUCAUCUUUUUUGUGUCCAUUAUCGUUUUUUGUGUCUAUUAUUUCAUUGUACUUUGAUGAUUUCAGAUGUCUCAGUAGUACUUUUGCAUCAAUAAGAAAUGUGUAUCCAAAAGGAAGGGGACACAUACUCACACAAGCUGUUUAUUUAUAGGAUUGCCAAAAAGGGAAAUUUCAUGAAGGCAAGUUUACAAACCUGAGAUGGUAAACUGAAGACUGAUAACAUUUACAUGUCCAUGAGUCUUUAUCACAGUGUUUCAUGUAUUGUACAUGUUUUUGUGACUGAAUUGAAAUUAUGAACCUCAAAAUGUUAUUAAAUGUUCCUUUUAUGUUGUUUCUACACUA